AUGUGUGUCGAGGGCAGAGCUGUAGCCGCCAAAUUCCAACCGACUCAGUCAUUGUGUCUUCAUGAAGUGCAUGUCACCUGGUCGAGGAGUUACGAGGUCGAUCAGCCGUGGGGGCGGGUUUCCAUUCAUGUGGUGAUCAGCAACGGUUCACGGAAUGGUAGCAGCGUAUCGUCACUCAUGCUUCUGCGCACUCCCGAGGUCGGUCAUCAUCGUUCUGUCAUGGAUCGCAGACGGCGUGGUCUUUGA